CCCUGCCACGACUGGGGGCUGCUUACUGGACGGAGAGCCGAUGCCCGGGUCGCUUGCAGGGCGCGGAUAGAAACCGCAGCCGCAGUUUCUUUAGAGAAGCCGCAGAGUUCUGGCAGGCUCCACUCGCUGCCCGAGAGCUGCGUUUACAUUCUUGGCUGGAUUUAAAUGUUGAGGACAAUCCGAUAACAAGAAGUCGGGGAAACACAGAUUGCUUGGCACACAGGGACCCAGCCCCAAGGCGGCUGAGGCCCGCGUCUUUAUCUAAGGACAGCGGGGCAAGGAGAACCCCGUCUACACGUGCCUGUUUCGGCUGCGUCAGGAAGUAUUUCUGUGACUAUGAUCACGAAUAACCCAGGGCAAUGGUGUCUUUUCAGCCAACUAUGUAGGAAACCAAUGGCUCAAGAACACGCGGGUACACAGGCCUUUUGGCAAGCCCGGCUCUGCCUGGCCUUUUCGUUUUAAAAGGCUGCCACUGGAGGCCGGAGGGGAGGGAGAAGCCAGAAACGAAAGGGAGGUUCCAGCACCCGCGGGACUUGGCCCCGUUGGCUGACAUGGGUCCAGAGAGGCUGGGGCCUUGCGAGGAAAGUAUCCGGAUCCUGCCUGGCCCAGGCAGAAAGGCAGCGUGUCCUGCCGGGACCGUUUGGACUUGCCCGAGACCGAGACAAACGACAAACGCAGGCAGAGAAGAGCCUGUGGUGGGGACUUUCAGAGCUCUUGGCCAGGACUGCGUUCCUGCCUGCACUCCCCGAAAUCGCUCCCCGCUCUCUCUGUCGGGUCAGCUCCCUCUGGGCAGAUUCUACUUGAAACGCCAUUGCUGCUUUAGCCACGCGAGUCUAGACAGACAGCCUUCUGUGGCCGGGGUCUUUCUCCUUGCAUCUUGCUGUGUCACUCGAGGAACAAUUUAUUGGUCUAAAGCAGUCUAAUUCCUCCUCUUUGAUCUCCUAGUCCCCUUUGUGUUUGUUUCAUCUUCCUUGAACUUUCUGAGGUUUUAUUUCCUGCCAGAAAUGGAUACUAUUUGGAAUAUUUGUGUUUUCUUUCCUUCCUGAUGUAUCCCCUCCUUUCCCCAAGCAAGACAGCUAGCAUCCUGUUCUGCCAUGGAGGGUACCCCGGAUAUUGCCCCCCACGGUCCCUGUACCUCCAGGGAACACCACCCUGACCCCACCUGCACCUACAGCCCCCACCUCCCCACCCGCACCGGGUCAUCCACUAGGCCAGAGCUGGGGCUCCUUCGCAUCAGGGUCUGAGCCCUCCACUUCCUUUUGUGCUCCCAGGACCCCCUGAGAGGGUGUGGUGAACUGGGGCCGCCUGGACCCUCAGAAAGUGAUGGGAAGCGCUUUGUGCAAGAAGAACCAAACUCUAUAAUCUAGAGGAGAAUUUCCGGGGCAAUUCCAUUGUGAGGUCGGGUUUAUGGUGUGCAAUAGAGCUGAGCAGUAAAAGGCGUCCUGACCUGCCGGCCAGGCUCCCAGCUCGGCCUGGGCAGUUUACGAGGCGUUUAGGGGGAAGGCUUCGCCCCAUCACCCUCAAAGGAGCGGUGAACGGCAGGGACUUUGGCUGUUCCAACCCUGCCCAGGGGUUGGAGGCUGAGGAAGGCGGUCGCGGGCCCCGCGGAGCAAGACCACCUGUGAGGGCUGCGGAGAUUGGCGGAGGCGGUCAUGUGGGCGGUCACGUGCUGCGGCGAGCUCCGUCCAAAAGAAAAUGGGGUUUGGUGUAAAUCUGGGGGUGUAAUGUUAUCAUAUAUCACGCUACCUCGUAAAACCGACACUGAAAGCUGCCGGACAACAAAUCACAGGUCAAAAUUAUGAGUUCUUCGUAUUAUGUGAACGCGCUUUUUAGCAAAUAUACGGCGGGGGCUUCUCUGUUCCAAAAUGCCGAGCCUACUUCUUGCUCCUUUGCGCCCAACUCGCAGAGAAGCGGCUACGGGGCGGGCGCCGGCGCCUUCGCAUCCACCGUGCCAGGCUUGUACAAUGUCAACAGCCCCCUGUACCAGAGCCCCUUCGCAUUCGGCUACGGCCUGGGCGCCUACGCCUACGGCAACCUGCCCUGCGCCUCCUACGACCAAAACAUCCCCGGGCUCUGCAGUGACCUCGCCAAAGGUGCCUGCGACAAGGUGGAUGAGGGCGCGCUGCAUGGUCCGUCCAAUUUCCGCAUCUACCCCUGGAUGCGGUCUUCAGGGCCUGAUAGGAAGCGGGGCCGCCAGACCUACACGCGCUACCAGACGCUGGAGCUGGAGAAGGAGUUCCACUUCAACCGCUACCUGACCCGGCGCCGCCGCAUCGAGAUCGCCCACGCGCUCUGCCUCACCGAGCGCCAGAUCAAGAUCUGGUUCCAGAACCGCCGCAUGAAGUGGAAGAAAGAGCAUAAGGACGAAGGUCCGGCGGCUGCUGCAGCCCCCGAGGGGCCCGUGCCCGAAGCAGCAGCCACCGCCACCGCAGCAGACAAGGCGGAGGACGAGGAUGAGGAGGAAGAAGAGGAUGAAGAGGAGGAGGAGUGAGGGGCCGAGCAGGGCCCUGGGCUGCACCAGACAGUCCAGAAAGCGUCUUUAGAGACUCUUCGAUUUUAUUUACAAAAGUUGAAAAAUAAAAAGAAAAUGUAAAAAAAAAAA